GUCCCUGUAAUUGGUUUCACUUACUUUGGCUUCAGUUUCUUCGAUGCUUGCGUUCAACUCUUUGGCAGCGAGCCAGCCUGCGACGAGCGCUAGGAACGCUGCGGCAGCGACCCCUGUAUACUCCAACAUGCAGCGUAGCGUCUCGCGCAUGCAGCGCCUUGGCCUUUCAAGCGUUUUCGCCGGCGACUGGAGCGGGGCAGCGCGGCUGAUGGGCUUCCGUGCGGCCGGGUCACAGGCUCCGCACGGCGCGCGGGCUGUUGCGACGCAGGCCACAGGCUCCCCCGCCUUCGGCCCCGGCACCUCCUCCGGCCACCACUCGCCGCGUGUGGUGGUGCUGGGCGGCGGCUUCGGCGGGCUGUACGCGGCGGUGCGGCUGGAGCAGCUGAUGUGGCCGCGCGGCAACAAGCCGCAGAUCACGCUGGUGGACCAGGCCGACCGCUUCGUGUUCAAGCCGCUGCUGUACGAGCUCAUCAACGGCGCCGCCACCGCCGACGAGGUGUCGCCCAGCUUCGAGCAGCUGCUGGCGCCCUACCCCAUCCGCUUCGUGCAGGCCCAGGUGGCCUCCGUGUCGCCCGCCGCGCCGCACGCCGACGCGCCCGACCCGGACGCCCCCGACGCCGCGGGUGCGGUGACGCUGUCGGACGGCACCCAGCUGCCGUACGACUUCCUGGUGGUGGCGCUGGGGGGCCAGCCCGACAGCCGGGGGGUGCCGGGGGUGAAGGAGUGGGCCGUGCCGUUCGCCGGGUAUGAGGACGCGCUGAGGGUGAAGGGCACGCUGGACCUGCUGUCUGACGCCGGCGCGGGCGGCUGUGUGGUGGUGGUGGGCGCGGGCUACGCGGGUGUGGAGCUGGCGGCCACAGUGGCGGAGCGGCUGAGGGCGCGGGGGGCAGGCGGCGCGGUGGCGGUCAAGGUUCUCACUCCCGGCUCCCACAUUCUGGAGGGCUGUCCCGAGGGCCAGCGCGAGGCCGCCAGCAAGGCGCUGGCGGACCUAGGCGUGGAGGUGCUCACAGGCGCACGUGUGCUGGGCCUGGACCCGCCGCUGGCCGCCUCCGACGCCGGCGAGCAGUCCCCUGCCGCCGGCACCUCCGCCGCCGCGCUGCCCACCGCCUGCCGCGUCAGCUACAGCCUGGCUUCCGACGCCGGCUCCGCCGCGGGCGGUGCGGCGCGCAGCCACCUGGGUGCGGACCUGGUGGUGUGGACGGCCGGCACCAGCCCCGCCACCCGCGAGGCGCGCGCAGGCUUCCCGUUCCCCGUCAACGCGCGCGGCGCCCUCGAGACGGAGCCCACGCUGCGUGUGUCCGGCAGUGACAACGUGUUCGCACUGGGUGACGUGGCUGUGGCGGCGCCCAGCCCCGCCGACCCACACCACACCCAAGCCCUGCCCGCCACAGCGCAGGUGGCCUUCCAACAGGCCGACUACGCCGCCUGGAACGUGUGGGCCGCCAUCAACGGCCGCCCGCUGCUGCCCUUCAAGUACCAGCACCUGGGCUCCAUGAUGGCACUGGGGCAGACCAACGCCGCAGUGGCUCUGCCCAUCCCCGUGCCCACCGCACUCGCCGACGCAGUGCGCUCCUCACCCCUGGGGCCCCUGCUCUCCGCCGCCGGCGUGCGCGUCGGCGGAGCCGGGCCCGAGGCCGAGGCCGCGGUGGCGGGCGCCGCUGCGGCGGAGGGCAAGAGCUCGGCGGUGGGCGACAGCGGCGUGACUGUGGAAGGGCCGCUGGCGCAGCUGAUGCGGCGCGGCGCGUACCUGUACCGGCAGCCCACGAAUGAGCAGCGGCUUAACGUGGCAACGAGCUGGGUGAAGCUGGGGCUGGAGGCGGCGGCGGCACUGGCGGGCGGCAGCCGCCGGUGAGGGCGGGUGGCGGCUGGGGCUUGGGAAGGGCGGGGUUAGGGAAGGGGCUUGGAUGAGGAGUUGAAGGGUGGUGGUGGGUGGAUGGAUGUGCGCGUAGGAGAUUUUGGUUCGGUUGGAUGUGCAGGGUUCCAUGCCAGGGAUAUGGGUUGGGUAGAGCGGUGCUGCUGUGCCAUUGUUGUGGUGUGGUGCAUGAGAGAAGUGUGCGAGAGGGAGGUUUGCUGAGUGACACGGCCGCGGCUGAUGCGGUAGUUAGAUUCUGAACAUGGUAUCUUCUUUAUUAUAAGCACUGUCCGAGUGUCCGUCGGCUGGAUAGUUUGCGCAUUCAUACCAGGCUCUGGCCUUGUGUGGCUGCUGACCAGUGGGAUAACGGGGGCGGAUUUUGCAUCUCCACUUCCUGCUAUGCGUGGUGUCUUACUGGCUCCCCAUUGGGCGGGGUACUGCCGUGGGUACUGCCACCUAGUUGCCGAGUGGAGUGAUCGGUAUUGCACCUGCAAGCCGCAGACAGCCGGUCUUCCCUUGUGUGCCCCAGUAGCGAACCGGCGCUCCCUGUGGGCAUGACUGCAUGAGGCUGCUGUGUGGCGACUCUGUACCCUGGCCGGUGACGCCCUGCGUCAGGCAAGCCGACCACGUACGCAUGCCUGCGUGCGUGUGCGUGUGUGAUGGGACAGUGGUAAGGCAAGUUGGUAAAGUCCCGUAGGGUGCGGCUGAUUCCCAGAACCCAACAAACGGCAUACAAUUGGCAGCGGCAGGGCAGGAGUGCACGGCUGGUACGCCAGCAAGCCCUUCACACCUGCACCCCCAGCCUAAGAGCUGCCACCCGGACAGAGGAGCUACGCUGUAACGCUGCGGUGCA